CCCUAGUGCCCUGUGGUCGCCAAUGACACGGCAGCUGCGGCUAGUCAGCGCCAGCAAGCCAACGAAUAGGCUCUCCUGCGCAGCGCUACUCGAUCCGCAUCUUCUUCUUCUUCUCCCCGCGGUACGGAGCCUGUUAGUUAGUUAGUUACUCAGUUAAGUUAAGAAGUCGAGCCGCGCGCGGCGGCCGGGGUGUGUAGAUGAGCUCCUCCGGCGGCUGCUCGACGUGCCUGGAGACCAUCUUCGCCGCCGUGCUCCCGCCGCUCGGCGUCUUCUUCCGCUACGGCUGCUGCAGCUCGGAGUUCUUCAUCUCGUUGCUGCUGACGGCGCUGGGCUACGUGCCGGGCAUCGCCUACUCCGUCUGGGUCAUCCUCAAGACGGCGCCGGAGCCGCCCGGCAUCGACGGCGAUCGGCCUUACUACAUCCUCGCCUGACAAUACCAAGACUACAACCAGCUUUGUAAACAUACACACAAUCAUCAGCUGCUGCUAGUAAUUAAAACAGAGAUGCCAGUAAAAUAUUGGUUCGUUGGGAUGGCCAGCGAGUAUAUACUCUGCUGUUAUGCUGUCUGUGUUACUAUAUAGUUAUGUCUUGAUUGGUUGGCAAUGAUUUGCAGCUAGCAGUGUGGCUCUAGGAAGCAGGAAAUUCUUUGCUGCAGCAGUAGUUGUUGUACUGUUCAUUUCCCCCCCGUUCUUCUAGUUCUUCCUUUGGUGUGUGGGUUGUGGAUUGGUGGCAUGCUGUACAUGUACAAUUGGUUUUGGUUAACGAUGUCAAAGAAGUUUUACUGA